UGUUAUUUUUUUUUUUGUAUUAUUUUUGUUAUUUAAAUUUAUUUUAUUUACUCGACUAGUUUUUCACACACCGAUUCUUAUAAAUUAUGAAAACGGUAUUUAUAUCCAACAUUCCCAACUCUAAAGGCACAAAUGCAAUUCAAAAAUUGUAUGCAUCAGACACUCUACUCUCCAAAAGUUGGUUCAACCAGUAUGUUUUUCUAAAAUUAUCUGAAAAUGCUAAAAUAUUAUGUAAAUUGGUUCCACAAUUGAUUUCUACUGAUAAAUUUGCUACUUGCGAUCCGAGUGUUGUAAAACAUGCAUCAAACAAAUUUAUCCAUUCUUCAACAGUCAAGCUGGAAAUAUUUAUUACAAAAGAGGAUAUUGAACCGAUUUGUGUUACCAAUGCUAAAUAUUUGACAGUUAGUGUAAUCUUUAAAGAUGUAAAACAUCAAAAUAUUUGGUCUAAAAACCUUACUAAAUUGACUGAUGCUAUCAGACAUUUAUUAAGGUUAUUUGUAGUACAUAAUAAUUGUUUAGUAAACUUGAAUAGACUUGGUCUAAAACAAAACUUUAAUAUUGACUUUAUAAUUGUACAUAAUACUGAUUGUAAGAAUAAUGGAGCACGUAUUACUCCAGAAACUUCCAUAGAGAUUGUUAAAACAAUGUCUACCCUACAGUUUUAUCAUGCCGAAAUUGGUUUAGAAGUAAAACCAUUAUUUGGCAUGGAACCUCAAGUGACUUGUUUGAAAAAUAUAAUUAAAGCGGCGAAAAAUGGCUGUAGUGCUUUAUGUAAUAUGGUAAGUAGAUGUGUAUUUUAUGAUGUAGAAUAAAUAAAUAAUCUAUUCAACUUUAAAAAUAUUAGUGGUCCAGCAUAUAAAGUUAUUCGAUAGAAAUAUAAAAAUUAUAAAACUUUAUAAAUUUUUAUAAUUUAUUUAUGUAUUGUAUAACUAAAUAACAUUAUAUUAAUUGAAAAAUAAAAACAAAUGAUAGUAGACAGAGAUGAACAAAAUGUAUUAUUAAGCAACUUAUAUCUUCAAAAAUUACUUAGUAAUCAAUAGGAAUUAUUUUUUAGAAAAGCAAAUGAUUACUUUUUAGAUAAUAUUGAUUGGUCAAUCUGGCAGUGGAAAAACAAGUUUGGUACAACAUGUCACCGCAUCAUUAAAGUGCAUCCUUUUUCAUUUUAUGUAUACAGAUUUUAUUAAUGCUGAUACAGGUUCUACUGAAAUAGCAAUUUGUGAUGUAUUUAAGCAAGCACAGUUACUUAUAGAACAAAAUAGCAAAAGUAAUAAAUAAUUUAAAUAGGUACAUUCAAAAGUGUACAAUAUUAAUAUUAUUAAUUUUUUUUUUCCAGAUGUGUGUGUAAUAAUGUUGGAAAAAGCAGAAAGUAUGUUAAAUUGUAAAAAUGCUAAUGCCAAACAAAUUAGUGCUCAAAUACAAGAUUGUUUAACAUCAGUUCAAAAUUGUUGUAGAAUAAUUGUGAUAGCAACUACCAGUAUGCCAUAUUUAAUUGAUGCUUCUUUUAAACAAGGUUCAAGAUUUUCAUAUGAAGUAAUUUAUAAUUGUGUUUUGAAACUAAAGAAAUAAUUAUUGUUGUGGUUAUUAUAAAUAGAGUUUGUAUAAUUUAUAGAUUUACAUUGGUGUUCCAUCACAAAGUGAUCGGGUAAAAUUAAUACAAGGCUUUUGUGGUAUUUUAAAUGUAAAUAUUAAACAUAGCGUUGCGUUAUCAUUAGCAAAAUUAACACCAGGUUACACUGCUGCAGAUUUAGAAUUAGUCUUCAAUGAAAUAUGUAAUGUAUCUCAGAUUGUUUUGGAAUUGUAUGUUAAAUAUUAGUUAAUUUUUUAAAUUUGAUAUAAUAACUAUAUUUUAUAAAUUAUAGGAAAAAUGGUAUACUAAAUAGUACAAUUAAAAUUAUUGCCAAAUAUCCAGCUUCUUCUUUAAGAUCUGGCAUUGGUCAAGUUAUUACCAAAUCAGAAUUGUGUCCAACUACAAACUUGGGAGGUUUAACAAAUGUUAAACUUAUGUUUGAUGUAUGUAUUAAAUGGCCUCUAAUGCAUCCAAAAGCUUUUAAAUAUUUUUCUGUUCCUCCACCUAAAGGUAAAGAAAGAUACUUUCAUAUUUUAACUAAUGAAUUAUUAUUAUUAUUACUUUUAUUUUGUACAUUUAUAUUAUUCAGGUGUUUUACUUUAUGGGCCUCCAGGUUGUGGUAAAACAAGCCUUGUACGGUCAAUAGCUUCAUGGGCUAACAUAAAUGUUCUUACAGCAAUGGCUGCAGAAUUAUAUUCUCCAUAUUUAGGUGUUACAGAAGCAAAUAUUUCUCAGUUGUUUCAACGUGCAAGAGCCAAUAUUCCAUCUAUAUUGUUCAUAGAUGAGUUGGGUAAUAUAGAAUAAACCCACUAGGCUUAUUUUUUUUACAUUAUAUGAGAAAACAUAAUGCCUCACUUAUUUUUCUCAUCUAGUUUUUAGAAAUAUAAACAGGUUAUUAAAUACAAAACCACAUUUUAUAAAUUCUAAAGAAUAAAAUCUAACAUCAGAUUACAUAAUUGGCAAUAUCCACUUGAUAAAUUAUUUAUCAAAUUUUAAAUUCACAUAUAAAUUAAAAUACUAUAAAAACUUAGAAAGUUUUAAGGUUUAUAUUAUAAAUAAUAAAUUAAUCUAGUUUGUAUCCAGAAAACAUUUUUGGGAUAGAAAACUUAAUUUUAUUAUCUAGGUUUUGUUAAGCUAGAAUAUUUAUCACUUGUUGUUUUAUGAAUCCCUUAUUCCCUUAUAACUAAUUAGUAAUUAUUUAUAUCUUCUAGUUUUACAUUGCAAAAGUUAAAACAAAAUCUGUAGCCUUGUAAGAGAAAAUAAUAUUUUUUACAUAAUAAUUUAAAAUUAUAUAUUUUAUAAUACUUAAAAUAGUACUACUAAUAAUACAUUUUAUUAAUACAACAAAUUUAUGUAAACUGCACUACAAAAAAAUAUUUAGGGGAGGAGCAUGUGCCCCCCAGUGCCCUAUAACUGGCUGUGAUACUUAAUUAAUUAUUCAUAUUUAAAAAUAUUUUAUUUUUAACUAAAUUUAAUAAUAAAUAAUGAUAUUGUAUUAUAAUAUAUAUAAUUUGUAUUAUAAUAAAAAGAAAAUAAUACAUAUUACUGAUCAUAAAUUAUACACUAUGUUAAUGUUGCAUUAUAACUUAAUUGAUAACAAAACUUACUGCUAAUUAAAAUUAAAAUUGAAUUUAUUCAACAGAGUUGAGUUUAUUUAAACACAGUUUAAAUUAGUUAUUAUCUCAAAUGUUUUAUACAAUUUUUGUGAUAGACAUAUUUCAAUUCUAAAACUGCCCUUCAUAAUAUGAUAUGUUUUAUAUCUAGUAUGGUAUCUGAAUUAGCUGACCCCAAAUAGUUAGGAUAAAAGGAAAGGUAAGAAGAAAAAAAAUAGUAUAGUUUCUGAAUAAUAAUUUGAUAGAUUUAAUAAUAAUAUAAAAUAAGGUAAUAAUAAAACAGUAGUUUAGUUAACAUGUAAAAAUAUCUGCUUUACUUCUUUAAAUUCUGAGUGAAAUUUGACUAGAGUUACUAGCGUUAAUACUAGGUGAGUGGUACUUUAAGAAGCGUCUUUUCAUUAUAAAUGGUUUUCAUAAGAUUUUAGGUUAUAGAAGGUUUUUAUAAUAAAUGGGAAAAACCGGGAAAAUUUAUGAAAUGUAUUAUUUUUAAAUCAUAUAUUUUACGACCUUUCACAACAUGUAUAACUCUUCUGAACUCCACUUAGAAUCGUUUUUCAUUAUCAAUAAUUGCAUAUAGAUAUACCUUCAAUUUCUUCUCAACCUUCCCAACUUCUGAUUGACAAUAGUAGCUCACACAUCUUGCAAAGUAUAUGUGUUUGUUUUUAGUUAUAAGUGCUACAUGACAGAUCCAUAAUACAUAUAAGUGGUAUGGGAAUAAAAAAGUUAAAGAACUCAUUUAGUUGGUACUUUAGAAAGGCUAUUUUUUGAAAUUCUUAUUAAUAUUCGAAAUAAUAAAGAAAAAUUGGUUCCUUAGGUUAGGUUAAAAAGAUUAAAAAAUAAAAAAUAAGUUUAAUAACUUUAUGUAUCCUACCUUCCAAACUGUUCAUCUAAAAUAGUGAACUGUCCCUAGUAUCAGUUAUUUUAUCUUUAUUAUUGUUAUUAUUAUAUAAAUGUUACAUAAUGCUCAAAUAUUUGCCUGUAAUAAAAAUGAUAUAUUAUAGAUUCAUUAGUUAGUUGUCGUACUGAAGAAAAAACUAAUUCAUCAGGGUGUGAAGACAGAGUUCUAUCAACAUUUCUGGUUGAGAUGGAUGGUAUAAGUAACGAUACUGAGGUAAGAAUAAAUUAAUUUGAGUCAAAUGUAGAUUUUUACUAUCAGAUUUUUAAUAGCAUGGACAAGGAAUUGUUGUUGUGGCAGCUACAAAUCGGCCAGAUAAAAUUGAUGCUGCAUUAUUAAGACCAGGAAGAUUUGAUCGUCAAAUUUAUGUACCUCCUCCACUCACAGCUCAAGAACGAUAUGACAUACUUCAUACUAUUGUUAAUAAUCCUGAUCAAAGGUUCACAAAUAAAUUAACUACUUUAUGCAAUUAUUUUUUAAUAUAUAUUAAUUAAUAUAGCAUGCCAAUUUUGGAUUCGUCGAUUUUGAACGAAGUUGCCUUGAUAACAGAUUGGUUUUCGGCAGCUGACCUUGCUAAUGUUGUGAAAGAAGUAAAUAUUAUGAUUAUUCCUAAAAUAAUUAUCAAAUAUUAUAAAUAUAAUUAUAUAUUAAGAAAUUAAAAAAGGAGGUUAACGUGGGCAGGUUAUGCAUGGUGGAGAGUAGGGUAUACAGUCAGAAUAACCAUUGAAGAGAACUAGGAAGGCCAUAAUUACAUUGGGAAGACUGCCUGAAAGCAGACACAGGAAGGAUCCAACCAGAGGUACCAUGAAGAAUAGCGGGGAAGAUAGAGAUGGAUGGAGAGAAAUUUGUUUUGAGGUAUGGUCUCAAUGACCAAAAACCCCUCAAAAAAAACAUUAUAUUAUAAAAACAUAAUAUAGAAUUAUUGAUUGAAACCUAAAGUAUGGUAUAGUUAUUACUAGUUUCAUCCUAAGUCAUCUCCAUGUUAUAGAAAAUAAAAAAAAAACUUUCUAAAUAAAAUUAAAAUGAAAAAUACUUUUGGUUUGAACAAAUAAUUCUAAUAUUUAUAUAAUUAUGAAGUAUAAAAAUGUAGCAUUAUUAGAUAGUUAUAAUUUGUAUUCUUAUAUGUUUUUUUUAGGCAGGUCUUUCUUGUUUGACUAAAGAUGGAAUUGAAUCGUGUACAACAGUGAAAAAAGAACAUUUUGAAGAGGCAUUAGCUAAUAUUAAACCAUCAUUAUCUAAAAACCAAAUUUUAUGGUAAGUUUUAUUAUUGUGUAACUAAAUGUUUUCACUUAAUUGCAUAUUUCAUUCAUAAAAAAUAUUAUAUAGAUAUGAUGAAUCCUAAUAUUUCUGAUCAAAUUAAACUUAAACAUUUAUUUUAUUAAUACCAUCAAAUUCCUAACCCUAGAUAACCUAACCCUAUGCAGUAUAAUAUUUACCAAAAUCUACAGUGUUUUUGACUUCAUAUUGAAAUAUUUCAUUUAAAAUUCAAGAUAUUGAAAUAAUAAUUAUUUUAAUACUUUUUACCAAUUUUAAUACAUAAAAAAUUGUCAAAUACUUUUAUUGAUAAUAUUAACAAAUGAAACUUGUAUAAAAAUGUUAUUAUUUGAUUUUUUGUAUUGAUUGAAGUGGGCUUUAUAAAGUAAUACACACUCAAAUUUUUAUACAGACCUGUUUUGAAGUUACAUACAGUAUAGACAAACAGUGUCAACUAGCAAUAGGUAACUUUAAACACUCCUAGAUUAUAGAUAUCUGAUUGUAUACAGUUGAAUCAAAUUUAAUUUCAUUAGCAACAAACGAUAUUUUAAUAGCCUGGUCUUUUAAACAGUGUAAAAGUGUUUCAGUGUUAAAUAAAAUGAUUUAAAAAAUUAUAAAAACUUAGUCGGUAAAAAAAAUCUUUACAUUUGAAUACAAAUUUAAAAUAGAACAUUUUUUCUUAUUCUUUAAAAAUUGUAAUUAAAUUAUUUGAUUUAUUAAUGUAUUAAUGUAUACAUUUUAGUUUGAUUAAUAUAUUUAACAGUCUGUCAUAUUUCUAAUUAUAUAAUUUUUGUUCUUCUGUAUACAGGUACAGCAGCUUUUCCUCUCAGCAAAAGCAUCCCAAUGAUCCAGGUCACCAAUGUAAAUUAUAAAAAACUUAUGUAAAAAAAUUAAUGUAAUUGAUAUUAAUAAAACAAUAUCUUUC